CUGACUCCUUUCCGAAAACUUCAACAAACUAAAGGGUGCGCAAUGGGAAGAAACAAGAACAAAGAUGGCAGGGGCGGCGGUGGUCGAAGGCAGAAAAAAGAUGAAUAUCGCAGCGACCUCAUCGACAAGUCUGACAUGAAAAACGAGCGCUUUUUCGCGUACUACAAGGCCCAGAAAAUUGUCCCUGAUGAUGAAUGGGACUUGUUUGUGGAGACACUUCGGCAGCACCUGCCUACUACAUUCAGGGUUGCUGGUAGUCGGGAGACGGCUCAUACGCUGAACUCGAUGGUAAAGGACAUACAUGUACCAACUUUGAGCAAUGUCACCUUUGAGGGCCAGUCAAUACCGCCUCCAGUCCAGAUCCUAUGGUAUCCAGAAGGCCUUGCAUGGCAGUUCAAUGUUCCUAAGAAAGUCUUGCGCAAGUCGUCCGAGUUCAAAAAGUUCCACUCAUUCUUGGUCGGCGAAACUGAAGUGGGGAAUAUCUCCAGGCAAGAGGCUGUCAGCAUGCUACCUCCCCUUUUCCUUGGAGUUGAACCACAUCAUCAUGUCAUGGAUAUGUGUGCUGCGCCAGGUUCCAAAACGGCGCAGCUAUUGGAAGCAUUGCACGCAAAUGACACUGUUACUUCAACUUCCAUGCCUUCUGGUCUUCUCAUUGCCAAUGACAGCGAUUACAAACGAACUCACCUGCUCAUCCACCAGUCUGCGCGUCUACCCAGUCCUGCGCUGAUGGUAACUAACAUGGACGCAUCGAAUUAUCCCUCAAUCAAAAUCCCUGCUCCUGUAAAAAGAGAUGCAUCUGCGGGUGUCCCGCCGCGUACGGAGCAGCUGUUAUUUGAUCGCGUUCUUUGUGAUGUCCCAUGUAGCGGCGACGGAACUAUCAGGAAGAAUAUAGGUAUAUGGAAAAAAUGGCAGCCACAGGAUGGCAAUGGUCUACACAGUCUACAGCUUCGUAUUCUACAGCGUGCGAUGAAGCUUCUCAAAUCAGAUGGACGGAUAGUGUAUUCGACUUGUUCCUUGAACCCUGUUGAGAACGAAGCGGUCGUAGCUUCUGCUCUCAGAUCUCACGCUGACUUCCAUCUUGUGGAUGUGUCUUCUCAGUUACCUGAGUUGAAGCGUCAACCUGGACUGACAAGUUGGAGGCCGACAUCUGACCGCGAAGCUAAAACCACCUACGACACAUAUGAUGCCUUCUUGUCAGCUGAACCAGGGUCGGAGACAAAGUUGACGCCAGGGCACUGGCCUCCGCAAGACGUUGACGGACUGAAUCUUCCGCGGUGCAUGCGCAUAUACCCUCACCUUCAAGACUCGGGAGGUUUCUUCGUUGCAGUGUUAGAACGGAGAUCAACAAAUAAAGCCAAGAAAAGGACCGCGGACAGCCUAGAGGAUGUGCCAGAAUCAAAAAAGCCCCGACUGGCCGGGGAUGAUGCCCAGCCUCCUGCCGCAGUCGAAGAAGCUGCAGAAACCAAAGCAAGUGACGAGGCACCAAUGGACAUUGUAGCUGACGAAAAGGAUGAAAAGGCAUCCAAAGCCGCCUCCGGCAGUGGCGGAUCCUUCAAAGAAAACCCUUACACCUUUUUACGCCCCGACGAUCCCAUCCUUCUAUCGUGCAUCGAGCGUCUGCACUUGACCUCUGAAUUUCCGGCUUCGAAUGUCCUCGUCAGAAACCCCGAAGGCGAUGCUGUCAGGUCCAUGUACCUUACCAAUGAUAUCGUGAAACAGGUUGUACUGCACAAUGAGUAUGGUCGGAUACGUCUGAAUGCGGCGGGAACCAAAGUCCUUGCUAAGCAAGAAGCUGGCAAGGGCGUAGAUGCCCAGUUUAGGAUCCUGGGAGAAGGGUUGCCCGUAGUACUGCCUUUCACGGAUCCUGCAACUAUCUUGGACGGAAAUCUCCAGACGUUGAGGAUAUUGGUACAAUCUUACUAUCCUUUGUGUUCCUCGUUCUCCGAACCGUUCAAGUCGAUCAUUGAAGGCAAACCUGCGGGAAGCCAUAUCAUACGUUUCCCACCCGAAAAGUCCGAAGGCGCGACCUUGUUCCACGAUGUUGUUCUUCCUGUGUGGAAAUCCAAUGUAUCUAUCAGUUUAAUGAUUGACAAGAAGGCUAAAAGCGCCUUGAGUCUGCGAAUAUUCGGAGCAGAUAUUACUACUGCUGGCCGCGAAGCAUCAUCAGCAAAAGUGUCCAAAGAGGACACCGCUACCAAAGUGGAAGAAACGCAAAGCAGUGCGAAAGAUGAGACUCCCGAGGACAGCGAAGAAACAGCUCUUGAGGAAGCAAUGGAAGCGGUAGAUAAUUAGAAUACAACAUCAGCUGUAAAACGUAAAAUAUUGUAAAAUGGUUUUUUGGGCACGAUCUAA